CGAGAAGACGCGACUUCUUCGAAAGCGACUUCCGUGCGCUGCCCUUUUCAUCGGCCCCACGUGGAAGCCGGAGCUUUUCCAUUCCGGAAGAAGCCGCUUGUUGCAGUCACGUCUGUUGGAAGUGGGGAGUUGCGUGUUAUAUAGCACCGCAUGCUCAGAAGCAAACCAAUGGCAAAAAGCCUAAGAAGCAAAUGGAAGAGAAAAAUGCGAGCAGAGAAGAGAAAGAAAAAUGCUCCCAAGGAACUGGCCAGAUUGCAGAGCAUUCUGAAAACCAGCAAUGAUGUUGUAAUGGAUGAAGUGAAGGAAGUAGUAACUGUAGUUCCUGCUGAGAAAAUCUUAGAGAAAAAGAAUUCAGAUGGUGAAUCAUAUUUAGAUGGAAAUAAGAUGGACAUGGAUGUCAAAAGAAAUCAGAAAACUCUUCUAGAUCAACAUGGACAAUAUCCAGUAUGGAUGAAUCCCAGGCAGAGAAAAAAGCUAAAGGCAAAACGCGUCAAAGGGAAAAAUAAAUCUAAAACACCAAAAGGAUUAACCUGGUAGACUCUGGUAAAUGUUAAGAAAUAAAAGGGGGGUGGGGGGAAGAACUUAAUGAUUUAUGUCAUCAGUCCUAAGGGGCAAAUUUCUUUUUUCUUGUUUCAGAUGUUCAGAUUAAUUUAAUAAAGUUCCAAUUAUCUAUGUACAAACUGGGCUAUAAUUAAGCUAAACAUAGGUACCAUUCAAUGGCAACCAAAUUUCCAUCAAAUACUUUAAAAUUUAAUUGCCUUAGCUUUCCAGAAAAGCAGAUGUGUUAGUCAGGUGUAGCAAAAUAAGAGCUGAGUCUUCAGAGUCUUAACAACAAGAAUCCUUUUAUAAAGUAAGAUUUCAUGGAUCGUUGUUUGUUCCCUAAUAAAUCUUUAAUGGGCCACAAGAUUCUUGCUCAUUCAUUUCAGUGAAACUUGGCUCCAGCUGAUUGUUGAAUUAUUCUCAACAGAACUAAGUACUUCAGUUUUGAACUUACUGUAACAAUUUCAAAUGUAUCUGGCAGAAAUAAAUUUAUUUUGUUCUCAUUUCUCAUU